AUGGCAGAUAACACUGACGAAGGAGCAUCAAGCUCAAGUGGUAUUAGUGAAGAUAUAUCAAAAUGGCAACCAUAUUGGGAUGAAAAUUAUAAACGUUAUUAUUGGUCGGAUGGAAAUGAAUCGGUAUGGGAAACGCCUAAAGGCUGUAUUGAACCACCACCACCAUCAGAAUCAUCGUCAAAUGUUGGUGGUGGAGAACAACAACAACAACAGUACUCAACUAGUGAAUAUGCUUUAUCAAUGGCAUAUGCAAAUGCACAACCUGAUCUUCGUUAUCAACCAUAUAUAAUUCCACCUACGAUUCCAAGUACAAUGAAUACUGGUAAAAGACUUGUUGGACAAGAUGCACGUGAUCUACGUCAAUUAUAUCAUUAUUUUGAUUAUAAUGCUUGGAAUGAAGAAUUAAAUCGUACAAAUGGAAAUCAAAAGAAAAAAGUGAAAUUAACUAAAAAAGAACUUGAUAAUAUAAAAGCACGUCGAGCUGCAAUUAAAAGAAAACAUCGUGAUAAAUGGUUACUUGAAGAUUAA